AUGUCCGCCUCCAACUCGACGGCGCUCACAAAGCGCAACGCGUCCGAUGCUCUCAUGCCGCCUCCUCCUGCGCCGAAGCGUAUCAAGCGUCCCUCAGUGGUUCUCGACGAAGAUACAUAUGUCUCUGCAAUUUCACACAUCAUCCGCCGUGACUUCUUCCCCGGGUUGGCAGAAGCAGAUGCACAACGCGAGUACCUAAACGCCGUCGAGAGCAAGAACCGGGCAUGGAUACGAGAAGCAGGCAAAAAGCUUACACAAGUCAUGACGCCUGUACCGAACGGGCAGCGGAAGAUGGCAGCAAGGACAAGGUUCGAGAAGGCGGGUGGAUCUGGGGACAAGACACCAAGCGUAUGGGGUGCAGAUACACCCACUACCGUGGCAGAGAGUGAAACAGAAGAAGUUGACCAAGAUCUGGGCAAGCUGGACCAUGUGGAUUUGGAUAUGAGCCUGGGAGCUUUCCAAGCCAAAUACACGAGCGAAGACCAGGAGAGCUUCAGUCAGAUUGUCGACAAGCAAAACAAGGCCAGAUUCGAGAAGAAUGUGUGGUUACGACAGGGCAACAUGUACGCAAGCAAACAGCGCAUAGCCCAGCAAAAGGUCAUCGAAGCAAGAGCUGCAGAAUCAAAAGGCAAAGAACUAGUCCUCAGCACACGACCCAGCCAAGACCUCGACGAGCGACUAGCGGCACCAACCGGACACAGACACACAGCCAUCAACAGUCUAAUGUUCGGCCCCGAAAGCGUAGAACAAUGGGCACCCACGCGCGCUCAAGUCGCAGAAAGCAAAUCCCUCGCACCACCAAAGCAAGUCGUAUACAACAACACGCGCCUCCCCAUUCCCGACACCGAACCCCAACCCCAAAGACCCUCUAGCCCCACCCUCUCCGCUGUCCGCGACGCCAUCGCCGGCCGGCCGCGCCUCAACCCCAGCGAAGGCGGCUACACCGGCAGCGAAACCCCCCGCGUAAACGGCUACGCCUUCGUCGAUGCGCACCCACCCUCUGACGACUCCGACUCCGAAGCAGACGCCCCCACCGACCUCCUCGAACGCUACGGUCUGAAUUCCACCAACAAAGUCUCGCCUUUUACCAUGAACGAAUCUUCCUCGCGCGAGAAAAUGCUACAUAGAAUGGUGGACAAGAUAAAUGCGAAUCGCUCUCAAUCCAACGGUACCAACCACACCUCCAAACCCUCGUCUUCGUCAUUACCGUCGACAGGAUCGCGUCUCGGUAUUUUCACCUCGCAAACUCCGAGGUUCAAAGGCGCGGGUCCGGCUACGCCUGGUGUUGCAGUAGGUCAGACCCCCGGUAGAAAGGGAAAAGCGGAUCUUACGCCUGCGGCUCAGAGAUUGUUUGAGAGGGUUGGGGGCGCAACGCCGAGGCAGAAUAGUAGUAGUGCGGGGGGAUUUGGGGGAAGGGAGGGGAAGGAGUGGACGCCUACGCCGAGGGUGAAGAGGAGGAAGGUAUGA